GCGACGACUCAGCGCAGUUAUGCUAAAUUGUUAAGACGGUCUCCAUUGUCAUUUUAAAGACUUGCAAUUACGAGAGAACUCGCUUGGUUUUUGCAAUACAGAAACGUGCGCAAAUUAAUUCGCAUUUGCCUUCUGCUUCUCUUCUUCGAUUGAGAGAGGGGUGAAGUCCCGGCGACGGCUAUAGUUUUUGAUUCGGAUUCUUUUUAUUCCCUACUCUUCUUCUUCAGAUCUUAUCUCAGAAGUGAGGAUCGAGAAUUUUCACCAUUUGAUCGUCCAGAAAGUUUCGAUCUACUCCUGUGCUUUUUUAGAAUCUUUUAGAUUCGGAUCCACGCGUCGUUGAAUUCUUCUUGUAAUAUAUAGGAGGACGAAAGGAUUUGAUCUGGUUUGAUUUGUUUUGAUUUGAUCUCCCAUGGCAGCUCCCGUGCCUCCUCGUGGAGCACCUAGGCCUCCCAAUGCACCGCCCAAUUAUAACCCUAAUAUUCAGAGAAGUUCUGAUCCUCUUGCCGAUGAUAUGCCGAACCUGCAAAUCAAUCGUCUGACAUCGAUGCCCAAUUCUGCCCCUCGGCCGCCUCCUUUCGGGCAACCACCUCCGUUCCCUUCACAGUCGCCGGCAGUUCCCGUGGCUAGACCUGGUCCACCUCCCGCUGCCCUUGCAAGGGGUCCAGUGCCGCCUUAUGGCUCUCCGCAGGCCUCAUUAGCUCCUAAUAUGGCGCCGAGUAGGCCAUUGGGACCUCCUGUUAGUCAGCCUCCGCCGCUUCAUGGAUCGAGGCCGUCAUCUGCGCCUCCUGGGUCUUUGCCGCCUUCUCCUUUUGUGACAGGUCCUGUUUUUCCUCCUUCUGGGCCUCCUCGCGCUGCUUUCCUGUCUUCGAGUGGCCAAGUUGUGCCCCCUCCAGCACCAGGCAUGGCACCUGGAUCCACACCGGCACCAGCACCUGGUGCUCGUCCUGGCGCUUUUCCGUCUCCGCCUUUGACUACGGGUCCGAUUGUUCCUCCGUCGAGCUCUCCAGGUCUGGCUAGUAACGGGCCUCCCAUGUUCACAUCUGGGCCUUUUCCAAGUGCGGCCCCUCUUCCUUCUUCUGGCAGUACGCCCCAGAUGCCUGUUGGACCACCACCGACGAUGCCAAUGAGGCCUCCUACCCAAGUGCCGACAAUGCGUUCUUUCAUUGCAAGUACUACCGCUAAUGCUCCUGCAGGUCCUGCCGUGCAACCGUCCUCUCCAUUUUCAGCAGCAUCCUCCCCCUUUUCGGCAGCAUCCUCCCCCUUUUCAGCAGGACCACAACCACUACCUUCAGGCUCUCCAUAUGGAACUCAAACUUGGCCGGUGCAACCCCAGCAAGUGGUUCCUCCUCCACCAAUUCCUGGUUCAGCACAACCACCAAGAAUGUUUGGAAUGCCACCACCAUUGCCAAAUCAAUCCAUGGCUACUAUACCUCCUGCUAUGGGUCAAGCUGGAGCCUCUAUGUCAGGGCCAUCAAAAAUUGAUCCCAAUCAAAUUCCUCGCCCAAUUCCAAGUUCCUCAGUGAUCUUGUACGAUACUCGUCAUGGCAGCCAAGCCAAUCUCCCACCGCCUGCUACAAGUGAAUAUAUUGUCAAGGACACUGGGAAUUGUAGUCCACGUUACAUGAGGUGUACCAUCAAUCAGAUCCCAUGCACUAGUGAUCUUUUGACCACGUCUGGGAUGCAGUUGGCAUUGUUGGUUCAACCUUUAGCCCUUCCUCAUCCUUCUGAGGAGCCUAUCCAAGUUGUGGAUUUUGGUGAAAGUGGUCCUGUUCGAUGUUCUCGUUGCAAAGGCUAUGUAAAUCCCUUCAUGAAGUUUAUUGAUCAGGGCAGGCGGUUCAUCUGUAACUUGUGUGGAUUCACUGAUGAGACACCUCGUGAUUACCACUGCAAUUUAGGUCCAGAUGGUAGGCGCAGGGACGCUGAUGAAAGACCUGAGCUAUGCAGAGGAACAGUUGAAUUUGUUGCCUCAAAAGAAUACAUGGUUCGUGAUCCUAUGCCUGCUGUGUUCUUCUUCCUCAUCGAUGUAUCCCUGAAUGCUGUGCAGACUGGUGCCACUGCUGCAGCUUGCAGUGCAAUCAGCCAAGUUAUCGCUGAUUUUCCUGAAGGGCCUCGGACAUUGGUGGGAAUAGCAACAUUUGACUCAACAAUCCAUUUUUACAAUCUGAAACGUGCUUUACAGCAGCCACUGAUGCUCAUUGUUCCUGAUGUUCAAGAUGUUUACACUCCUCUUCAAACUGAUGUUGUUGUUCCACUUUCUGAGUGCCGUCAGCAUUUAGAGCUGUUGCUAGAAAGCAUUCCAACCAUGUUUCAGAAUAAUAGAACUGCUGAAUCAGCCUUUGGAGCAGCAAUCAAGGCUGCCUUCUUAUCCUUGAAGAGUACUGGGGGGAAACUUUUGGUAUUUCAGUCAGUCUUGCCAUCAGUUGGUCUUGGGGCCCUGUCUGCUAGGGAGGCUGAAGGAAGAACAAAUAUCUCUGCAGGGGAAAAGGAGGCCCAUAAAUUACUUCAACCAGUAGACAAAACUCAGAAGACGAUGGCCAUUGAGUUUGCAGAAUACCAGGUUUGUGUCGAUAUAUUUAUCACCACCCAGACUUAUGUAGACAUUGCUUCUAUCUCUGUUAUCUCAAGAACAACUGGAGGACAGAUAUAUUAUUAUUACCCCUUCUCAGCUCUUUCUGAUCCUGCCAAGCUUUACAAUGAUCUUAGAUGGAACAUCACAAGGCCCCAAGGAUUUGAGGCAGUGAUGCGUGUAAGAUGCAGCCAGGGUAUUCAAGUUCAAGAGUACUCAGGAAACUUUUGCAAACGCAUUCCCACAGAUGUGGAUUUACCUGGGAUUGACUGUGACAAAACUAUAUUGGUGACCUUAAAACAUGAUGAUAAGCUGCAGGAUGGCUCAGAAUGCACAUUUCAGUGUGCUCUUCUUUACACCACCGUGUAUGGCCAACGAAGAAUUCGAAUUUCUACGUUAUCUCUGCCUUGCACAAGUAUGCUAAGUAAUCUGUUCCGCUCAGCGGACCUGGAUACUCAAUUUGCAUGUCUUUUGAAGCAAGCGGCAAUUGAAAUUCCUUCCAAUCCACUUGUGCAAGUGAGAGAUCAAGUGACAAGCCUUUGUAUCAGCAUUCUGCAUUCUUAUCGUAAAUUCUGUGCAACAGUAUCUUCUUCUGGACAACUUAUUCUUCCAGAAGCACUCAAGCUUCUUCCUUUAUACACCCUUGCAUUGGUCAAAAGCACUGGCUUGCGGACUGAUGGGCGAAUAGAUGACCGUUCGUUUUGGAUUAAUUAUGUCUCCUCUCUUUCAACUCCAUUGGUGAUUCCGCUGGUCUACCCUAGGAUGUUUGCAAUCCACAAUCUUAACUCAAAAGAGGGUGAUGGAUCUCUUAUACCCACAACAAUUCCACUUUCCAGUGAACAUGUGAACGACACGGGAAUCUACCUUCUUGAGAAUGGUGAGGAUGGCUUAAUAUAUGUUGGUAACUCUGCAGAUCCAAUUGUCUUGCAACAGCUGUUUGGCAUUUCCUCUGUUGAUGAAAUUCCCACUCAGUUUGUGCUGCAGCAAUAUGGCAAUCCAUUAUCCAAGACACUGAAUGACGUUGUAAAUGAGAUACGGCGCCAAAGAUGCUCAUACCUACGCUUAAAAUUGUGCAAGAAGGGAGACCCAUCAGGAAUGUUGUUCUUCUCAUACAUGGUAGAAGACAAGAGUCCAAGUGGCCUCUCCUAUGUUGAGUUUCUAGUACACAUCCAUCGGCAGAUACAAAGCAAAAUGGCGUGAUCAAUGAGAUCUUUUCUGGAUUUUGAGUUAUCGGUUUUUUAACUUCGUGCAUGGGGGAGGUCAAGCAGAUGUGAAGUCAUACUUCAAACACUAUAGUACUGGAGCGGCCUUGUUCAAGUUCUGUGGUUAAGCUCGGUGUUUAUUUGGAUGGUGUGACUUGAGGUUUUGUUAGUUCUGGUAUAGUUAAAUAUUCAGAGAGGUCAGUAGUGGCAAUAAGCUAAAAUGUCUACUUAUAAAUAUAUUUUUGUUUCUGCUUUUAUUUUAGGUUGGCUCUUUUUUGUUGUUGGAGAAGGGAGGGGGAAGUCCAUCUUGCUUCCUUUUUGUUCAUGUUUCCCUGUGUAUUCUAAUAGCAUAACAAAUGUAUAAACAUGUUUGUUAAUCAAAUAACUUAUGAUUCAUUGCAAAA